CAGACGAGCGAUACGGUAAUCUGAUGAAGCCCAUCAGAUAAACACAACGGGCUACUCUCAUUCGAAAUGAUCGGCUGCAAAGGACGGACCGUUCUCGUUUUCCUGCUGCCCGUCCUCGCCGCUGCGUACAGGGUGAAGAUCGGCGUGCUGAAUGCUCCAGGCAGCGACAGGCGACAGAACAGCGAGAGAUUUUGGUCUUUCGAUCGAAACUUGCUGUCCUCCGUCGUCUUGGAGCCCGUGGUCUACGAGCUGCCCUACUGGAGUACUCUAGAAAUUGUCAGAACAGUGUGCGAUGCCGCCAAAGAAGGAGCACGUGCUCUGGUGGUGGUGCAGAGUCCUCCAAGAUUGGCUCCCCUCCUGAACACCUACUCCGAGCACCUGCACCUGCCUCUGGUUCUGGGCGCUGCUAUACCGUCGACCAAUCCCCUCCAGAUAAGUCUUUUGCCAGACACAGUGCCAGCUAUAGUUGCCGUGCUUCGACACUACCAAUGGAAUUCUUUUGCCUUCAUUUAUGACACGGACCACGGUGCGGAUAAACUACAGGCGAUCCUAAAGGAACUCGGAGACCCAGCUCCUGAGGUGGAGGCCUUCUGGCGCGCCUACAAUGCCGAAGAAGCGACGGCUUUUGCCCGACAGUUACCGCCGGACGUGGGUCGACUGCUGCUCGAUGUCUCGGAGGAGAUGGCAGACCAGCUCUUCAACAAGCUCUCCGGUUCCGGCCGCUCUUUUCAUGGAAUCCUGAUUCAACCGGUAGGCAUCGUGCAAAAAGGAUCGACCCAAGGUAUUUCAAAACUCACCAAGUUCUCUGUUGUGGACGACGGGUCUGAUCUUCUGAAGGAUUUGGAGAAUAGAUGGAAAACCUUAAACGACUGGGGUCGAAGACCUAACAGUAAAGAAUUACCAGAUUCUGCGUUGCUGAGCUAUGACGCCAGUCGUUUGUUGCACACUGUCUUCACUCAACUGUCGAGAGAGUUUCCAGAGACGCUGGUGGCAUCAGUUCCACCGCAAGCGGAUUGCUUCAACUACAGCUCGGGACUGCCGGAUACCGACAAACUGUUCCUGAGACAUGUUUUACUGGGCCGUGGAGUAACAGGAAAUCUCCAGUUCGAUGGGCAGGGUCGAAGAGAGGGCUACUCAUUAAAUAUCAUCGAGUCCACCCCUUUUAGCCUCAAUAAAAUUGGUACCUGGUCCGAUACGAAGGGUUUGAAACUCAACGAGAAGAUCCUUCCUCCCGUAACCGCAUUCCAGAAGAGAGACAUUCCUGUUCGUGUCACAAGUAUAACGGUGCCUCCGUUUCUGAUGGUGAAGCCUGAUGGCACGAUGGAAGGUUACGUAGUGGACUUCUUGGAGCAGCUGAGCCUCGUCACAGGCCGUCGGUACCAACUGCAGGUAGUGAAAGACGGAAAGUACGGGACAAAUUGGACCGGUCAAUGGACUGGCAUGAUUGGAGAACUUGUCAGAAAUGAGACAGACAUGGUGGUCGCAGAUCUCACCAAAACUCCAGAGCGAGGUCAAGUCGUUUACUUCUCCAAGACGUUCAUGACGUUCGGACUGAACCUUCUGGUGCACAAGCCGCAAGACAUGCUGCAAGAGCCCUCCACCUUCGGUCCUUUCUCCUUUCUGACCGUCUGGCCGGCAGAGCUGUGGCUGGUGGUCGUGCUCGCAGUGCUCGUCUUCGCUGCUGCAUGCUACGGGGCCUCUCGUUGGGUCGGCACCCCCGACAGAGUCAGGGCCCUCGAGUCGAAAGGCACCGACAGUCUGUCACCUUGUGGGAGUCUCUGGUUCACAGUGGGGGCCCUGCUGCAGAGGGACACUGGCAUCUAUCCCCGUUCCUUCACCCACCGCGUAUGGGCGCUGCUGUGGUGGUCGUUCUGCUUCUUUGUAUUGGUGUCUUACGUUUCUGCAUUGAGCGCAGCUCUUCUCAGAAACCGCUCUCACGUCAUCUCCACUUAUUCGCAGAAAACAACGCAGGAAAUUCUGGGAGAUCUUCUGCAGAAAGGUGCGCCGGCCAUUGGUGUCGUCAGAGGGGGUUCGUCGAUGGCUUUCUUUGUGAAUUCGAACGUCAGCUGGUAUCGGGACUUGGGCCGCUAUCUGCAAGAUCAUCCGGAUGUGAUGUCCAAGACCAUUCUGGAGGGGGUGGAGAAAGUGCGGAACUCUGGCGGUAGAUACGCUUUCGUGACAGAAUCAGUGACUAGCGAAUACAUGGCCAACCGCCCGCCUUGCGACAUACUUGCCACGCCCGGAUACUUCACCACACGAACGUUUGCUCCGGCUCUCGCCAAGAAUUCUCCAUAUAAAGAUAUUGUGGACCAUGGAGUGCUCACCUUAACGGAAAAUGGGACUCUGAGGGAACUGUACGAGAAGUGGUGGCACAACUAUACAGAUCAGUGCGAGGAUCCCAAUAUGAACAUUUUGCCGAAAGUUUACAGCCAGUCGAUGAAUUUGCACGAGGUAUCCGGCGUGUUCUUCAUCCUGAUGGCGCUCGCCGUGAUAUCCGUUGGCACAGCCUUCGUCGAAUACUACAUCGCCAGCAGCAGAUUGUCUAUCAAGUGACAGAGACAUCCAUAGAGACUGAAAUAUUAUACUGAUUGUUUUUCAUACUUGUACGAAACAUGUGUAGUAUAUUAGUAGUAUUUAUAUAAAAAUAAAUUCUUUUUAUUUCUUUCCA